AAAGUUUUAAAAACAUUCCAAAAAAAAGAACUUCUGUUAGUGAAGAAUGGUUCUGUGUACUUGGUCCUUUGAAAAUUGACCCUGCACCACCUGGACAAUAUACUCAGUUUACUAAGAAGAAAGAGAAGACUGGCUUUCCUAAUUCCCGUGGUUAUUGUUUGCUGUUCAAGAGAAAAUACAUCAUCCAGCUAUAGAGGAAUGUCUAUGGAAUUUUUUUGAGGGGAGAGGACUGAAAAUCUAGUUCAUUCUGGUUUUAACUAGUGGGAAAAAAAACAAAACAAAUCUCUUAAAAGGAAGAUACAAAGUUUAAUUAGCUCAUGGAUCAAUGAAAUCCAAAUAUGUGCACUCAUUUCAUGGACUCUGCCCUCUCUUGGAUUUUAAGAUCUAAUACUGAACAGCCCUGAGGCAGAUGUGUAUUAGUUAGAAAAAGAAGCUUGUAGAGGGGAAGACUUGCAAUCCGUGGCUGUUCCUGAUUUACUGAUCCAAAAAGAAACAAACAAAAACCCCAAACGGGUGCAAAACCUGAUACAAUUGUUGCUGGGUCAUUUUCCCAGGUAAGCUCCUUUUUAAAACCAAAUUCUUUGUGUACACUUAAGGUCCUGGAGAAACAUGCAAUCCAAACGUACAUAGGACUAAGGUUUGUAAAAAAUGGUGCAUGAAAAAUGGUGCAGAAAUGGAAACAAAACACAGCCAUGUUGGUUUAAUGCCAUCUCUCAAAAGUGGCAAAACAAUAAUAGAAAUAUGUAUUGGCUUUUUCUCUCUUAUUUUUAGCACCAUACCUAUUCAUCUAAACUUGUUCCAGAUUCUACAGCCUGUUCCCAGAAAUUAUUAAUUCUUUUGUUAUUUUUAAAUUUUGCAUACGCAGUAGAUUCUUAAUAAAGGAAGCAAAGACAAAUAAACUAGCCAAUAAUAGAGUUCAUAUGAAAAGGGGUAAGAAUUCACGACAAUCUUUUAAAAAUAACUUAAAAAAAAUGAAGUUAUCAGACUUUGCUUUCCUUACUGCAAAAUGGUCCAUUUUCUGGGAACAAUGGGUUAAUAAUAGUUAGAUGCAUGGUGGAUCAUUUGCAAAUGGAUUUACUGUGAUAGUGUGUACAGUCAUGGUAACUGAAUGUGCAAAGAUAGUGCAUCAAUGCCCACACAUUUUUGCAUGUGCAUCGGCAUUCCUAGACUUCUGACAGGCCUCAAAAUUUCUUUUGUUGAUUAUUUUCUCUGUAUAAUUGUGGUCAACAGAGCUGUGAAAUCAUCUCUCAAAUAUUCUGGUUUUUAUCCAAAACUUUCUACUAGCUCCACACUCAAAAUAACUGUAGUCUGCUCCUCCUAAGAGUUUAUGCAGUUCAGUUACAGCAUGGAGCUGCAGAGAGGUUUUACAUUACCCAGAGGGCCUACUUUAUAUUGGUGUGACCUAUUUUCACUAUUUAAUGAUCAGAAAUUGAUUGAGUAGGAUAGUUACAUCUCCACUGGACAGUCAAAGGUGUCCCUACUGCAGAAAUCAGAACAUAUGUUGUAAACCAUUCCAACUCUAGUAGGUUCUGAGAGUUUUCACAGCAGCUGCUCUCGCGAUCCUUUUCUUGGCCAUUUUCUGGUGUUACUUAAACGUACCUGAACACUAAACUCCUUUCAGCCGAGGUUGAUUGCAUCACAUUGCUAAUGCUGGGACUCUCUACUAACUUUGGCCAGCACGUGUUGCCUAUACCACGCAUAGCAUGAAUCUGUCACUGAAAACCAUUUUAUGAUUCAUCCUGAGAAAUUUCAUCUGGCAGUAAACACUCAGCAGCUCCCUGAUGAGUUUAUCUCAAUGCAGUAGAUUGAUUCCUUGAGUUGACAGAAUGGUACUAACAGUCAAAACAUCAGCUUACCAUAGAGCUCUCAUUGUGUACACAGAAAUAUUUCAAGGGAAGUUUACAAGUUGUCAAGAAAUUAAACCUUUGAAGCAACACGAAGUGCUCGGAAUGGUUUGUGUUCCUAGCAAGGGGACAGGCGGUAAGAAAACCUUCAAAGCAUUUUGUGCACAGGUCCCACUUUCAAACGGAGCAACAUACAGACACUUGCUGUCUCUCCCCCUUGGAAUGUUGGGACUGCAGCAAGCCAUUGAGAAGAGUCAGAACAUUCCAAUGCAUGACUUCUCAGUUGCACAGCAAGGCAGGAAAACAAGAUGAAUAAUUCCUAUGCAGAAAUGCUGACAGUGAGCAGUUAUUUGGGCUGUUCAAACUUGCUUGCUUGGUAUAGGCUGAAUCUUGCUCCCUUUUCAUAUGCACAAAAGACUCAAGAAGACAUAAUGGAACUGGUCCAGAUCUUUUGUAUGCCAGCUGGGGGUGCUUAGUAGGAUUGAGAAAGCCUGGUUCAAAGGGACAGAUAUGGACCAGUUCUCCCCAGCGGAGGAUUUUUCUGGUGUAGGAGAAUCCUUGGGUGCCAUAAAACCAGGUAAUGGGUUCCUAUACCACCUCUUGCUGCUGUUAUCACAGAGGUUGUGUGGUGAGCUUUUCCAGUUUGGGGAAAGAACAUGACUGCACUGUGCUGUGCUCCAGCAAUUCCUGGCUAGUGGAUAGCUAGGCUUAUCUCACUGCAGCUGUCUGAUACUGGAAUGCUAACAGCCCACUACCCCCUUCAUCUGCACCUACGUGAGAGAGAGCACGGCUGAGAACAGAGGCUAUGGUCUUUGUCUUUCUGGGAGUUUACCUGCCUCUUCUGAGAAUCCUAAUUCCAACACCAAAGUGUCACGACUGUAUCAAACUAGAUGGGAUUAGAUCAUUUUACAGAUGAAGAAACUGAGGCAUACAGAAAAUGAGUGGAUUACUUAUGAUCUCAAACAUAGACUCAAGAACAGAACCAAGGACUCCUGACUCCUAAGUGCCUGCUCUAACCACUAGAUAACACUGCUUCCUUCAUCAUUUCUUCAGAUGAUAAUAUGGACAUGAGAACUGUCUUAUUAAAAAACCAGUUAAUGUUUCUUAAUUGUGUUCUAUUUUGACUGAGUCCUGGUAUCACACUGACCUAACGUAGAUACCAAAAAUCUUCCUUACAUAUGCCUGUGCACACAAGGGGGUAAUUGCUCUAUUGUGUCCACCCUUGUCAAGAGAUGGCUCUGGACCAAAACUCAGAUCCCAAUAUCCAUGCCCUAUCAUUACUCCUGCCUUUCUCUACUACAAGAAUCGGUUUUCUUUUCAAUACUACUCUGUUGGGGUUCAGUAGAUCCUAGCAUCUGUACUAGCCGAACUCAACAAGAAAUCCCUUCAUAUCAUCAUAAAUAAUGAACUUUUUGUUAAUAUUACUUCCUUUACAGGCAAUAUGUACAUCGAAAAAUAUUUAGCAAGAAUUGGAUACAAAGGCUCCCAUGAAAAACAUGAUUUGGAAACCUUAACUGCAAUCUUCCAGCACCACAUCCGAGCUGUUCCAUUUGAAAAUCUCAGCAUCCUUUGUGGGGAAAUCAUUACCUUGGAUUUAGACCAGGUUUACAACAAAAUUGUAAGGAAGAAGCAUGGUGGAUGGUGGAUGGAACACAACCCUUGGGUGCUGAAAACACUGGGAUAUGACACCACUCUUUUAGGAGCAUAUAUAUACAACCUGCACCAAAACACAUAUGCUUCCCACAUGACCCACCUUCUGCUAAAAGUGGAUAUUGAUGAUAGAACCUAUAUCCUGGAUGGAGGCUUUGGUGUAUCCUAUCAAAUUUGGCAACCAAUGGAACUUAUUUCUGGGAAAGACCAGCCUCAGACUCCUGGCAUCUUUCGCUUCACAGAAAACAAUGGGACUUGGUACUUUGAGAAAACAAGAAGGAAACAAUACGUUCCCAACCAAAGCUUCUCUAAUUCUGAUCUUCUGGAAAGGAGUGAGUGCAGGAAAAUUUACUUGUUCAGUCUUGAGCCACGAACAAUCAGAGAUUUCCAGUUCCUAUGUACAUAUCUUCAGACAUCUCCAGAUUCCCUGUUUACAAAGAAGUCAAUCUGCAGCCUCCAGACCACUGAUGGGUUUCAAGCUUUAAUUGGGUGGACACUCAUUGAGACAACUUACAACUACAAGGACAACACAGAUCUGGUAGAAUUCACUAAUCUUAAAGAUGAAGAGGUGGAGAAGACACUGAAAGAUAAAUUCAGCAUCACAUUAGAGAGAAAAUUUGUCCCAAUUAACCUCAAAGGAUUGUACGUGAUUUAGUGUAGUGCAUAAAACAUACAAUAAUUCUAUGCAAUUGCAGCAUCUUUCACAGUCUGUUUAAUAUGACAUUCAAUAAAUGACCUAAAAUCUGUUAAUACCAGGUUAAAAUGAGAACUCAAGUUCAGAAAAAAAGGCACUUCAGAGUCCAUGUUGAUUAGUUACCACUGAGAGAAUGAAUGGAGCCCCCACACACUUUUGUGGGCACAAAUUUAGAGACUGGUUUGAGGCUGGAUGAAGAUCUGAGAGCACAUGUGGUCCAGGGAGGAAAAGUUUUCUAGUGGCGUAAGAACACAACUGGGCGAGGAGUACUGGAGUUUUUCUGCUACUGACAUAUAUAUGCUCUGUGACCAUUAGGGAAAUCACACUGGCUGAAAUUUCCAAACUUGGCUGCUUAAAUUUAGACACCUGAAGAUCAGACCACUUAUUUAGGUCUGAACUGUGGAUUUAGAAGUACCAAGCACUCAACACCAUUUCCCCAUCUGUAAAAUGGGGAUAAUAUACUUCCCACCUCCAGGGUGUGUUAGGAGGAAUAAUUCAUUCAUGUAUGUAGGGGACUUUAAGGUCCCCAGACUUACAAGUGCAAAGUAUUAUCCAAUUUCUCUCUGUGAUUACUACAACAAACCACACACGUUAAUUAUGUUUAGUAUGUCCACAUUUUUCUUAGGAUGCUUUUGUAGUGGUACUAAUUCACAUCCUGUCUAAAGGAUAAAUUGUAAUAUGGUGCCCAAACUUGUUUCUCUAUUGUGCCCACUUCCAUUCCACAUGGCCACAAAUUGAAAUUCCUUAAUGACAGAUACAACUGGGAAUGUUAUCAAGGUGACGAGCAUAAAAAGCAUCCAACUGAAUCAAGUCUAUUUAAAGAAACUCCUUGUCUAACUAACGAGUCCCCUCUUCUAAUAUCUGUGGUUUUGCAAUUGCAGUUUCCUAUUCUAAAAAUGUUUCUCUCUGUCAUGAUGCUAUGUGAAAGACUCAUAAAAACAGAGAAACUGACUGUGCAGGGGAAACAGUGUCAAAACAAAGUUAACAGAGUAGACCACUUAGAAAAAUAAUUCUCUAGUCGUUUUUCCUGAUGAUAAUCUUACAUGUUGCUUUUAACUAUAGCAGGCUAAAGAAGAGAAUCAAGACAUUUUCUUUUCAGUGGAUAGCUUCCUUGUUCUAACAUGAUUUAUGCAAAACUCUCAUGAAAUACAAAAAUAUAUUAAAAAUCAAUGAAAACAACAGUCUUUAUAAGUAUCAAUUGUAAUUAAGUUUUUAUUCACCAAAUAUCAGAUAAGUACUAAGUGUUUCAAAUAAAACUCACCACUUUCUCUUUAGCUGGGAGGAAUUUUCAUCUGGUGCUCACAAUCCAUAGUACAGAAACCCUUCUCUUCUACGUAGCCUCCUUUAUGCUGAUAAUGGCUCCUUUUCUGGUUGGCUUUAAUGUAGCCUUUGACAUCCUGGUUAUUCCAUCCUCCUGUGUCACCUCCAUAGGCACCUCUGCUUCUGCUGCCACCUAACUGCUCCUGCUGUCUACUAAGGGCCUAUUCCCUGUAGAGCUCCAUAUGGGUCAGUCCUCACCCCACCCACCCUCUGCACGAUCAUUUAUAACAACUCUCCCACAGAGAUUUUUGCCCCAGACUUGACAAUUAUUACCAGGUCCUGGCUUUACAGUGUCAGGUCAAAUGGAGCUCUGCUGAUUUACACCUGCUAAAGAUCAGUUUUUCAGCCUGGCAAAUUCUCUUAGAGUUGAUAAAUAUAGUAGUUGUUUAGCUGUGAACACUAUACCCCAAACCUCUUGAAAGACAGAUAACUAGGCCUAAGAAUGGUAUUAAAUAGAAGAGUCACCAAACCACAGCCUCAUACCAUUAGGGACGCCUUGUGAUAGGUGCCUUCCCACAGGGAAAGGGAAAGGAAUGAUUAAUUCCUAAAAGGAUCUGGCAGGAGGCAUAGGAGAGAUUUAUACUCCUGUUAUGCGGAUAAACACGGGAUCUUAUGUCUACAGGGCAAUUCAGCUGACACCUUUCCCCCGUGAUACAUUUUAAAGUUAAAGUGGACCAUCUCUCUUUCAGGCUAGUUUAAUGAGACUCCAAACUAUUGUGCAGCGUUUUAGCUGCAGCCUGUUGCAAGUCACAUGGCACCAACACUGCUAAAACCAUAUCCCAGCACGUUCAAAAUGUAUCUGGAAUUAGGCAAGCACGGUAUCUUGAUUUACAGGAAGACAAGACAACUUUGCUUUCAGGCUGAGAUCUGAAUAAUUGUAAAAUUAAUGGGAGCUGGGUGUUCAAAACCCAUAGAUGGCUCUGAAUAAUCUCAAUCUAACUGCCCAUUACAUAUGCCCAAAGCCCAAAGGAAAAUACCAUCCAUUAACAAUUGUAUGUGGAGUGUCUUUCAGAAAAGAACUGUGAGUAACAGGAGAAAACCAGUUCAAGCUUCAUUUCACCACUGGAAAAAGCAAUUAAAAAAACAACAAGGAACAAAGUUUAAUCAGCUCUUGGAUCAGUGGAGGUAAGAUACAGGACGAGCACUCACUUCAGCUAGACUCUGCCGCUAUGGCUUUUAAGGUCCAGCAUCAAUUAGAUCAAAAGAGACAAGAUAGGAAGAAGGGAAGAGAAGGGAAGUUGUGCAGUCCUCAUCUAUUCCCAGCAUUGGCAACUAUAGCAGUGGUAAAAAUUUCAACCCAACUGGCACCACAGAGAGGAAAGAGAGAACUAGCUCAAUUGUUGCAUUAUUAUUUCAGACAAAUCAUUUAAUCAUUUUUGAGAGAUUUUCUCUUGCACACUUCAUUUCAUCAAACUGCACAGGCAACAGCUAGCAAACAUAAAAGGAAACCACCAAGUUUUAAUGCCUCUUCUGGAGGGGAAAAACAGAAAAAGAUAAAAACACAGGUUGGCUUGUUUUCUAUUAUACUAUUGGAUCCCGAGAAGUACAAUUUAAUUAUUUACAGCAUGCUAGAUAAGCUGUUAAUCCAUUCUCAAUGAUGCUGAAUGCAUUGACUGACUAGCUCAUCCAAACAGAGGGUGAAUAAAAACAAAAUUGUUUCCUGCCUCAGUUUCUUUGUUAACACUAAGCAGCAAAAGAAACCGAUGACUUGCCAACUAAUUUUGUAGUUUUCCUGAAUUCCUUCUCUGGUUCCUCUCAGCCAGUGUACCUCAAAUAGGACACUUCAGGAAGAGUGAUGAUUGCUAAUGAUAUAUGCUUUCCUCGUGCAAUGCAGUAUUAGACAGAUGAUGAAUCUGGACCUAAAAGCAGCAAAGAAUCCUGUGGCACCUUAUAGACUAAGAGACGUUUUGGAGUAUGAGCUUU